GAUUCUUAUUGGGGUGCUUUGCUGUCAAUCAUUUGGUGGUCACGCCUAUCAGAAAGUUGAGUUGCGGCGGAGUAGUAUUUUCGCUGGUUUUACACUGAAAAGUAGCAUUUAUUGUUGGAUACGCCACGUUCAGUAUGGCAUCCAGCUUCAGAAAACCCAGUGCAACGGCAAACCAGCGGAAGAAAGGGGGUCCCAAAGUGGAUCUAACAGAGGAACAAAAGCAGGAGAUUCGAGAAGCAUUCGAUCUGUUUGACACUGAUGGUUCAGGCACAAUUGAUGUUAAGGAGCUUAAGGUUGCUAUGCGUGCUCUUGGUUUUGAGCCAAAAAAGGAGGAGAUAAAAAAGAUGAUUGCUGACAUUGACAAAGAAGGCUCAGGCACCAUCAACUUCAAUGACUUUCUCUCCAUGAUGACCCAGAAAAUGAGUGAAAAAGAUUCAAAAGAAGAAAUCCUAAAAGCAUUCCGAUUGUUUGACGAUGAUGGGACAGGCAAAAUUUCAUUCAAAAAUCUUAAACGAGUCGCCAAAGAGCUUGGAGAGAAUCUAACGGAUGAGGAAUUACAGGAAAUGAUAGAUGAGGCGGACAGAGAUGGAGACGGAGAAAUCAAUGAACAGGAGUUCUUACGGAUAAUGAAGAAGACGAACCUGUACUAAAUUUGGUUGUUUUCUUUCUCAUUUUCUGACUCUCUUUUCUUACUUGCUAUCAUUUGGUCAGACAGUUGUUUGACACCAUAAUUUUUGUCUUUUUGCAGCAAAUGUAAAACACUUUUUCUUUCUUUUGUAAGAUUUGUAAACCCAAAAAAUAUUUAAUAUACACACAUUUUGUACUUUAUUGAAAAAAAUAAUAAAAUGUGUAUUUGA